AUGCCUAAAGCUUUGCCUCCCUCUGAUGUCCAGAAUAAUGUUGAUAAGCUCAUAAAAGGCCUUCACUUCUCAGAAAUUCACUCUCAAACUGGUGUCAGUACUGGAAUGAUUAGCAGGAUAGGGGCAAUGCACUGUCCUGAGCUCCCCAAGCACUCAGGUGGCUGCCCUUCUAAGCUCUCACCCACCAAUAUUUGCCAUGCCACCCACCUGUUGACUGGCCCUGCCCCCACAACCCCAUGCCUAGUUGCUCAAGAGCUCUCUAGCACAAAUGAGGACACUGUCUCAAGCCUUACUUUGCAUUGGGCAGUGCAGAAAGCUGGUGUGGUGCCUUUUGUCAAGCCCAAAAAGCCAGCUAUGACAAAGGAACAUAUCAAGGCAUGCUAUGAAUUUGCUAUGGCACACCAGCACUGGACAAUUGAUGACUGGCAGAGGGUCCAAUGGUCAGAUGAGACCAAGAUCAACAAAUUUGGGUCAGAUGGGCACUGCUAUGCCUAUAAAAGGGUUGGCCAGGCACCUCAGCCCCACCAGAUCAUCAAAACCAAUAAGAACGGAGGAGGCCAUAUCAUGAUAUGGGCAUGCAUGGGGUGGAAAGGCCCUGGUCUUAUGUGCAAGAUAGAUGGGUCUCUCACCAAGGAACUCUAUGUGGAGAUCCUAGAAGAUGAAUUCAAGCAAACUCUGGAGUACUAUGGGCUGGACAUGCAGAAGGGCAUAUUUAUGCAAGACAAUGCAAGCUCCCACAAGGCCCAUAUUAUAAAAGACUGCCUUUGGGAUCAAAUCAAGAGGGAGCUUUAUAGCUAUGAAACCCCUGCAAGUGGGAUGUUGGAAUUAUUGGAGAGGGUGCAGGAGAUUUGGGACAAAGUUAGUACCCAGAAGUGCCAGGAUUUGAUAGAGAGUAUGCCUAAGAGAAUUCAGGCUUGGAUCAAGGCCAAAGGUGGCCCAACCAAGUAUUGA